AUGACGCUUUUACGAGAGAAUAUAUUCCAUGUAACAGCAUCAAUCCGACAACGGGAUCUUACGCCCCCAGAUCCUGGGCCCUCGCACUCAGGCCCUAUACUCCUAGAGCCCACGUUCCCCGCGCCCCCUCCCCCUCCUCUCCCUCUCCCCUUGCUUCCGCCACACGCCCCCGGUCCUCCGCCAUCAGCCCACUCCCCAGACCCAGACCCAGACCCAGACCCCGCCCCCGCUCCGGUCCCUCCGGCUGCUCAGCGCUUCCCCCCCUCCCCGAUUCAAAUUCCUGCGAAAUUGUCGCACUUAUUCCCCUUUCGGAGUCCUGGUGCCACUCGACGCCUCGAUCGCGUGGGUGCCCCCGCACACACAAAGAAUCCGCAUGUUACACGACACCUUCCAAGGACCUCUCGACUUCUGGCAGCAUAG